UGCAGCGACUGCAGCGUCUCCCGCUGCCUGCUCUUCCUCCGCGCGCGUCUCCGAGAGCGCUGUGAUGUGAAUAUUAAUGAUGCUGCGCGAAUCUCCGCGCUCAUUUCCACCGCUUUCACCCAUCUGAGAGACACACAUGGAGGGCUAUUUAUUCGAUACUGCUCAGUGACUCCUGUUGGUUGACUUGGCACGCAGUGUCCUCUGCUUGUAUCACCAUCUGUACCGCUCCGUACAGAGCUGCAUGAUUUGUUUUAGGUCCUGAGAGAGGCGUUUGUCACUGUCAUGUGAGCCUAACUUUGCUUUUUUAUACACUGUUUAAAGACAGGACGUUUUAAGACAGUAUGGCAGAAGCCCCUGUUGGAGAGGACGCUCCCAAAGAGCAGGAGGGUGCCACCCCACUUACCGACGACCCCCUGCCAGGGGUUGGGAUUGCUCUAUGGGAAAGAAUAUUGAAAGCAAGUGUCACAGUUGGUGCUUUCCUCCUGCUGUACACACUGUCUCAACUCACAGGUUUGUGGGUCCUUUACAUGCUGAAUGGAUACAGGGCUUUUCCAGCAGCACAUAAAGUUUUGGAUCUCCUUCAGUACCUUCUCUCCACCAGUGAUGCCUAUGAUCAACAGAUGGAGAUAUGGAGGGUGGAAAGCUUGUUGCCCCUCAUAGCCACACUCUUCUUAGGUGUAGUCAUCCUUGGUACUGGAACGAUGUUCUGCAUUAAAACCCUGGUGCCUGGCAACCCAUCUUGCUUUCCUGACGACCGUCGUCAGUCCAUGAGCAGGCAGCCCUCUUUUACAUAUUCAGAAUGGACAGAUGCUAAACAGGAGGAUUUCUACGAGCUGGAUGCUGUUCCGGAGACACCCGUGUUUGACUGCUUUAUGGACAUGAAGACCGAAGCUGACCCUGCCACUCUCACUGUCAAACCUGUAGGUUUGCAGGAAAGGAGAGGUUCUAACGUGUCGCUGACGUUGGACAUGUGCACCCCUGGUACUACAGAGCCCUAUGGAGCGCUGCUGUCCCCUAGAGAGCAGAGCGCACAGGAAUACCUGCAGAACGCAUCCAACCUGCUCACCCCCGAGCAGCUGCACAAGCGUGCACUGGAUGACGCUGCACUGCAGGCCGAGUUCUAUGAAACACCCAUGAACUUCGUGGACCCAAAAGAAUAUAAUUUUCCUGGCGUGGUGAGGAAGAAUCGCUACAAAACCAUACUACCAAACACACACAGCAGAGUUUGCUUACAAGCAAAAGAGGAAGGUGAUUUUCUCAGCACCUACAUCAACGCUAAUUAUUUGAAGGGCUAUGGAAGGAAAGAAAGGGCAUACAUCGCUACACAGGGUCCAACUGUAAACACAGUGGGGGAUUUCUGGAAGAUGGUUUGGCAGGAGCGCUGUCCCAUUAUUGUCAUGAUCACCAACAUUGAAGAAAAAAACGAGAAAUGCACAGAAUACUGGCCAGAGGACAGAGUCAUCUGUGAAGGUGUCGAGAUCACUGUCAAACAGGUCAUCCAGGCAGAUGACUACAGUCUAAGGAUUUUCACUGUGAAGAGUGAGGGUGAGGAGCGCACUCUCAAACAGUACUGGUACACAUCCUGGCCAGAUCAGAAAACUCCAGACAAGGCCCCGCCUCUUUUGGAGUUGGUUAAGGAAGUGGAAGAAGUGAGGAAACAGGCUCCGCCCAACAGUGGACCUGUCAUUGUCCACUGCAGUGCAGGGAUUGGACGCACUGGCUGUUUCAUUGCUACCUCCAUCUUGUGCCAGCAGCUAAGUAAUGAAGGGGUGGUUGACAUCCUGAAGACCACUAGCCAGCUACGCUUGGACAGAGGCGGCAUGAUCCAGACAGCGGAGCAGUAUCAGUUUGUUCAUCAUGUACUCAGCCUAUAUGAAAGACUGCUUCGGAAGACCUCAGAAGAGUAAAGCCUCCAUGAGCGCACAACCUUCCCAUCACUCCUCACAGAGCAGUUGACCUUCAUCCCAACACAUGGGGCUGGGACUGACCCUCAGUACCUAAAGUCUCAUGUCUUCAAACACAACAGAAGUUUAGGUUGAAUGUCGUUUUAGGAGCAGACCCAAUAUUAGGUUUUAGCUGAGUCAAAUCUCCAAUACCUAAAUCCCACAUCGAUACACCAGUCAGUUAUUAAAUAUACUUUUUCUUUAUUCUUUACCAUAACAGUAACACAACAGACAUAAAGCGGUAAGUUCUAUCAUACACAAGUACUGCCCACAUAAUAACGAUCAGCAGACCAUCAGUGCUCAAACAUGACAAUGUUUGAAUGCGUGCAUACUUCAUAUGCAGUGGUAUGAACACAAUAACAAGCAGACACCAAGGCCUCCAUUUAUGAUGUAAAUUUACCAUUAGGUUUAGGGACCUCUUCAAUUUCUGAGCCUACAAAUACAGCAAUUUUCCUUUUACUGCUAAGACAUUUUUACAGGAUUUAUAACUCAGUGUUAAGAUGAGAUUUGUUGCAAAGUGUGUGUGUGUGUGUGUGUUGUGUGUGUGUGUGUGAGAGAGAUAGUGUCGCAGAAACAGGAGAGAGAGAGAUAAUGUUUACUAUGUGUUCGAUGAUUAUCAGACUUUAACUCCGGAUGUGUGGUCGGUCUCUAGAAGAGGUUAGCCUACCACAUUUAAUACAAAAUGGCCUUAAUAUGUGUCUUUCUGUUCGUACUGGGGUC